AGCACAAAAGGCAGGAGGCAACACGGCGUAUGGGCAACAAACAGUGCGACUCCAGUUUUCCACACGCUCAGUUGUGCCCGCGGUCAAGGGAAAAUCGCUGCCGAGCAUUUCCCCGAGGAAAGCCAAAUUGAAAUCAGGAAAAUACUUAGCGAACCGUGAAAAACCUUCAAGAUGACCAAAGUUGAGCUCUACAAGUCUCGCGUCUUCGUGACAAUCAUACACCUUUGUGCCCUGGGCCAAUUCGCCUAUGGGCUCUACUACAGCUCCUUCGAGAUCCAGCGGAGCUACAAGCUGAAGACGAGCCUCAAUCGCCGCCUGGUGCCGGAAUCGUUGCCCCAGAAAAUCAAAUUCCUGUCCUAUUGGUCGCUGAUAAUUCAGGCACUGUACUAUAUUGUAUCGCUCGUCAACGAUUUUGUGGGCACCAAUGAGCUGACCCCCAAGAAACCUCCGGCGGUGCGCAGGUUCAAGGACUGGCUGAUGGCCACAUUGGCCUUUCCAGUGGCCGUCAACGUGGGCGUGACCUUCUGGACCCUGUACGCCAUCGAUAGAGAGCUGGUCUUCCCCAAGGUGCUGGACCCCGUGUUCCCCAGCUGGCUUAACCAUGUUCUGCACACCAACAUCGUGGUUUUCAUCGUCCUGGAGAUGUUCAUCUCGUACCGCUCGUACCCGAAACGCAGCCAGGGACUCGCCGGACUGGCCAUCUUCAUGGGCGCCUAUCUAGUUUGGAUUCACGUGGUGAAGCACUACUCAGGCGUCUGGGUCUACCCGGUCCUGGAGGUCCUUCAACUUCCGCAGCGCAUCCUGUUCUUCGCGGCCGUCGUGGGAUUCACGUUGUCGCUCUAUCUGCUGGGCGAGUUCCUCAACAACACCGUCUGGGCCAAGGAGGUGAAGCUGGCCAAGCGCAAAUCCAACUAGGAGUAGGCUGUGACCCGUUUCUGUUCCAUGUAGUCGCGUUUAAUUAGCCACAAAAUACAAAUAAUGAUUGACGACUCAGACCAGUCUCGAUUAUUUAUUUUGUCUAUAUUGUUCGAUCUUCUCAGCCUAGGAUAGUAAUACACUGUGAAAUAGACUGAAGAAGUCGCACAAGAUAUGUGAAAAUGAAUAAACUUGAACUUGCCUGACAAACUCGCUAAUAUAUUUUAAAUCCCUAAUGAAUUGUGAAAGUCCUUAAUCGUAAUGGAGAAAACCGUUUGCUAAUGAUAUUCAUUCUAUUCUUAUUACGAAUUGCAUUGUAAUUGAGAUUAUAGCUGUAGUGUUAUUUCGGUUUUUAAAAAGUAAAGUCGCCUUCUCGAUUGCAACAACCUCA